CUAUGUGCACGUCAAGACUUGACAUAUCACAUCACAUAAGUGUCGAAUUUUGAAGUUUGAUAUCAUUCAUCUUGAUUUGUUUUGAUUUCGUCUGAUUUCGAAUUUCCAUUGGAAAUAAAUUUAAAAAUACGAGAAGACGUAACGUUAUAAAUGAAAUACAAUAUAUAAUAGGAAUACACAAAUACUGGCUAUUCGCUUCCAAAACAUAAUUAAAAAGAUAAAAUAAAAAUGUUGAGCAUACUGCACCUAAGUCGCUGCACGCACACAUUGCGAUCGGUACCAAGCAAGCUGCUGGCGUCCCACACAAGCACACACGGACAACUUGCCUCCAGACAACUCAUCACAUCUACACGAUGUUGUAAGAGCAACGUUGCAAUCAGGAGAGGGUAUAAGUUAAGCAACCUGUUGAAGUCAAAUGGCAUAAUCGCACGGUUCUGCUCGUCGUCCCCACCACCCAAGACUUCGAAGGCAGUCGGUUACUGGUUGCUGGGCUGCAGUGGCAUGGUGGUUGCUGCAGUGGUGCUAGGUGGUGUAACUCGUCUAACAGAGUCAGGUUUGUCGAUGGUGACUUGGAAACUCCUGGGGGAACAGCUCCCUAGAACAGAGGAAGAGUGGCAGACGGAGUUCGCGAGGUAUAAGGAGUUUCCCGAGUAUAAGUACAAGAACUCGAGCAUCACGCUGUCGGAGUUCAAGUGGAUCUGGUGGAUGGAGUACGCGCACCGCACGUGGGGCCGCGCCAUCGGCGCCGCCGUGUUCGUGCCGGCGGCCUUUUUCUGGGCGCGCGGCUUGUUGGACCGCGGCAUGAAGGCGCGCGUGGCGGCCUACUGCGCGCUCGUGGCCGCACAGGGUCUCAUGGGCUGGUACAUGGUCAAGUCGGGCCUCGAGGACCGGUUCCAGGGCCCCAGCGACGUGCCGCGCGUGUCGCAGUACCGCCUGGCCGCGCACCUCAGCCUGGCCUUCAUCCUGUACUCGGGGCUGCUGGCCGGAGCCCUGCGGGUGCUCCGCCCCUUCCCCGCCCGGGCCACCUUCCAGAGCAUUAAAGAGUUGCGCAGCACGACUGCGUUCGCACACACUGUUAAGGCUAUGGCGUUCUUCACUGCUGUGUCGGGCGCCUUCGUGGCCGGCCUGGACGCGGGGCUGGUGUACAACUCGUUCCCCAAGAUGGGCGAGCGCUGGGUGCCGGAAGACAUCCUCGCCUUCUCGCCCGCGCUGCGCAACUUCACCGAGAACCCCACCACCGUGCAGUUCGACCACCGCGUGCUCGGCACCGCCACGCUGCUGGCCGCCAGCGCGCUGUGGCUGGCGGCGCGCGGGAAGCCGCUGUCGCCGGUGGCCAGGCGCGUGGCCAACGGCGUGGGCGCCAUGGCUUGGCUUCAGGUGGGUCUCGGCAUCCUCACGCUGCUCCACUACGUGCCCACCCCGCUGGCCGCCGGCCACCAGUCGGGCUCGCUCGCGCUGCUCACGCUGGCCAUCUGGCUCACGCACGAGAUCAAGCUGCUCAAAUAUAUUCCCAAGUGAUGAUCAUUACGAGUCGAUUGGUAUAUCUUAUCACUUAAGAGUAAACUGUCAAGUACCACCACAGUGCUUUAUAUAUGUAGUGAGUUAAAGUCAACUUCAUUGUAUACUCACUGAGAGUACCGGCUCUUUGUAUACUCAUAGAAAGUAUCGGCGCGCAAGCAAAGCCGUGCCGGCCUACCGCAGGCGUCGCGGACAGGUGAAAGAUCUCCGCACUUUCCACACCGCGCCUAUUAAUUGCCUAGUCAAGCGGCUCAAUUGACUCACUAUGUUAUAGUUUAGCACUAUGCGACACUUGUUUAAACUUAUUUUGCAAUAGCUGUUUAAUAUGCACGCUGUCAUAAUUAAUUCGAUACGGCGAAACAUGGUUUGUAUUGAAAUACCGUUACCAUCAAUUUGACUACAAUUUCAGGCUGUUUUUUAACCAAUAACAAGGAGCCACGAUUAAUGUAGCAUUUAUUAAUUAUUUGUUAUUAUCUUAACUUAAGUAGUCUUUUGUAUUAAGUUUCAGUGUAAUUCCAUUGAAACAGUAUUAAAACAUUGGUGUAGUUUAGUUUAGGUUUAAGCGAAUAAAUGAGGUUGUUACAAA